CCUCUUCUCCAGGAAAGUUCUUCGUCUGGGGGGGGUUUCACUCGCAGUUCACCGUUGUCAGGAUGUGCACGUAAAAAAUUACGAACAAACACUUUACUGAACUACGACCAGUUGUUCCUGGAACUUUGUUUGCCUACGUUCACGUGGAUAUCAUGCUGGAUUGUUAGAAGGACAGAUCUUUUUAAUAAGUGAAAUAUAUCGUGUGUGGUUGGAAUAUUUGUUACAGUGGUGUUUUUUUCCUUCUUCUGUUUUUUUUCUUUAUCGUGUAUAAAUGGUGGAUUAUCAUAAUUAUAAAAUGUCAGGCAGCGAGGAUGAACCCGAAUCGCACGCCCACCCGGGGAUGACCAAGGCGGAGUUGCGUAGGCCGACGAGGCAUUCGAAACUCGAGAAGGCCGAUAUCCUCGAGAUGACGGUGAAGCAUUUACAGGCGGUACAGCGUCAGCAAUUGAGCACGGCGGUCGCUACCGAUCCGGCGGUGCUAACGAAAUUCCGUUCCGGAUUUUCUGAAUGUGCUACCGAAGUAUCGCGGUACGUCAGCCACCUCGAGAACGUGGACCCUGUUGUGAAGCAACGACUGGUAUCACAUCUAAACAAUUGCGUUAGCAAUCUCCAGCAAAUGGCGCCGUUCUACAGCCACUACGUGCCCUACAUGCCGGAACGGCUCUAUCCGGAGGUGAAGGUCGGUUUCCAAAGCGAUUUCCAGAAUGGCGAUGAGAAUAAUAAUGGAAGUGCCAGGAUACAGAUACCAAACGGUGUUCAGUUGAUACCUAGCAGACUGCCGACCGGGGAGCUAGCCUUUUUGGUACCACAGUCGGCGGCCAUUUCCGCAAAUUUUCCAUUCUUUCCUCCAGCCGCUGCUGAAAAUCCUCCAGUCUCGAAAAUCGGGCAGUCUUCCGCGUUCUCCGCUGUUCAUAGGCCGCAGAGUCCCCUGUUGAGUCCGUCGACAUCCACUUCGAGCUGCGGCGAGGAGAAUCAUCAGUCCGAGGCACAUUGUCUUCAGGCACACUCGCCUAAUCGUCAAGAACGUCGGUUCAAGGUACCUGGUCAGAGUGCAGCUUCAAACAGUUUCUCUUCGUCGCCAGAGACUCAGAAGCCGCAGAUCAGCUCGACCAGCAACAGCAAGUCGCCGGUACCGAUUUUCGUCGAUUGUACCAAAUCGGACACGAAUCACGCGAGCAAAAACGAAUCCGCGGAUUCUUCCGAAUCGUCGAACAGCAACGAAAUGGCCACGCAGAAUUUACGACAGCCACUUUCGGUGAUCACGGAGAAAACGUACAAUCGCGCGACAAGGAGAGCAGCUAUCAAGAGGCACAAUUCCGACGAUCUUCUAGUGAUCUCUGAUAAGAAAGCCAGGUAUCAAGAACCUAUUAGCUCCACCACCAUGAAUUCUCCCAACGACCCCUUAAAGUCGAAAGAAGAUCAGCCGGUUUCCAUGGAGGAUCUGCCUGGCAGAGCGGCCAGCUCCGCUAAUAAAAAUAAUACCAAUCCUAAUCCUAUCAAAAUUGCUGCAGCGGUGGCUGGUACUUCUGGCGCCAAUGGCGAUAUGUGGAGACCUUGGUGAUUCGAGAUAUCUGAGUUUUUUUCCCAAAUUGCUUUUUACUUUCCUUCCUCUUUUUUUUUUUAAGUCUCUUUUUGAAUCGAAUAGUACCGAUCUGUAUGAUGAAUCGAUCGGUACGAAUAAUAAACUAAUUAUAAAUUUAAGAUGUAGUUUUAGAUCACGCUUCGAAAUGAUCUUCGACGAUGUAUCAUGAUAAGUUCAAUUGGAAAUAGUGCCUUAGCAGAGACAUAA